AAUGGAAAACUAAGAAGAAAGAAAUGAAGAAAAUAAAUUAGCGAAUAAAUAGAAAAGCUUUAUAUAAUCUUCUUCUUCUUCGUCUGGGCUCUUGGACCGGGUCCUGUUAUGGCUCAUCAGCUUCCUCUAUGGUCUCCCUUGUGCAUCAGUUUGUGCUUCUUUGCUUGGUUGCAAGGUUUCUUCUCCGUCGUCCAUGGCGAUACUAAUCUCUCUUACCCCUCUCUCACCCCCAUUGACCGCGAUCUCUACCAUUCUAGUGGGGAUUUGAUGGAAGAAAUUAAGGCUUUGGUCCUUCGACACAAAGAUAAACUCACUUUGGAUACAAUUAAGGCUCAAAACAAGGGUUACUCUGCUGAGAUUGCUGUAGUUACUUAUAGUCGGAGAAGGCAGGAGGCCGAUGACAAGCCAAGGUUUCGGAUCCUUCUUAGUUUCGGGCAGCAUGGAAGGGAGCUCAUUACAUCCGAAGUCGCUUUGCGAAUCCUUUCAAUCUUGUGUAUAGAAAAGUUUCUGCCCAACCUAGACCAAGCUUCCUUAGACCAGACCCUUGACAAUCUUGUGAUAAAGGUGGUGCCCAUGGAAAACCUAAAUGGCCGCAGACUUGUUGAGGCAGGAGACCUCUGCGAGAGGAGAAAUGGGAGAGGAGUUGAUCUUAACCGUAAUUGGAGCGUAGAUUGGGGCAAAAAAGAGAAGGACUAUGAUCCGUAUGAGGAAAAUCCUGGGACUGCUCCUUUCAGUGAGCCUGAAGCUCAAAUAAUGCGGAAAAUUGCAGUGUCAUUUGAUCCACACAUAUGGGUUAAUAUACACUCUGGGAUGGAGGUGGCUCUAUUUAUGCCGUACGACCAUAAGAACACAACCCCUGAUGGAGUUCCCUCACAAAAGAUGAAGUCAUUGCUUGAAGAACUGAACCGUCUGCAUUGCCAAAAACGUUGCAUGAUUGGGUCUGGUGGAGGUUCUGUUGGAUAUCUGGCACAUGGGACAGCAACUGAUUUUAUGUUUGACAUUGUAAAGGUGCCAAUGGCUUUCACCUUUGAGAUAUAUGGAGAUGGAGCAGCCUCAUCAAAAGAUUGCUUUAAAAUGUUCAAUCCCACUGACUUCGGUACCUUCAAUAGGGUUCUCAAUGAAUGGUCAGCUGCAUUUUUCACAAUUUUUAAAUUGGGGCCAAACCUGCUCGGUGAAAAUUAUUCAAAGCCCCCCUUAGACAAGUGGGUGUCCAUAGAUGAGUAUCUUGAUGGGUACUUGGUCGAGAGGAGUAGUAGAUAUGGAAAGAAGAUGGAGGUGCUUGAGCUAGGACUGCAGGAGAUAAGAACAUAUUUCAGGCUCUUCUUGUUAUCCUCAGUUCUGUUACUGUUCAUGUUCUGUUCCAGAAUUUCAAAAAGCAAGUUUUCUAGACCAAUUGUUUCUGCUAUUGCACUCUGAAUUCAGAUAUAGGAUUGUUUACCAAAUUUUUGACAAAUUAUGCGUCUUAAAUUUUUUAUUUGUAAAGUACACACCAUAGGAAUAUCUUGUUUUAACUUAUAGGUGUAAUGGUUUCUCUGUAAAACUCAUUAUUCUUUCUUUAAGGAAAGCAUCGAUUUGUGUGGCCAAA